AGGAAGCACACUGGGGGGGAAACACUUUGCUAAAGGUUUUAUUCGAGACCAUAUUUUCAAGUUGCCUGACUGCCGGCUAGGAUUAUAUAUGCCAGCCCAACAGAAGAAAGUUGUUUUCUGCAUAGCUGGUGUACUAAGUUUUGCUUGCGCUCUGGGUAUUGCCGCAGCCAUCGGGACUCAGCUGUGGAUCAAAGGAAGAAUCCUCUGCAAAACGGGAGCGCUGCUGGUCAACGCAACCGGGCAAGAAUUAGAGAAGUUUAUUGGUGAAAUUCAGUAUGGACUUUUCUAUGGGGAGAUGGUUAGACAAUGCGGACUCGGAGGGAGACCUUUUCGGUUUGCAUUUUUUCCAGAUUUGUUCAAAAUUAUCCCUGCAAGUAUCCAUGUUAGUGUCAUCGUCUUCUGUUUGGUGCUGUUAGUGUUUGCCCUGAUUGGAACAGGGUUCUUCAUGUACAAUGCAUUUGGUAAACCCUAUGAAACACUGCAUGGUCCAUUAGGACUUUACCUGUGGACCUUCAUAUCAUUUUCUUGUAGUUGUCUUAUCAUUAUACUGUUUUCAUCAGAAGUGAAAAUCCACCACCUCUCAGAGAAAAUAGCGAACUAUAAAGAAGGAAGCUUUAUAUUUAAAACUCAAAGUGAGCAAUUUGCAAAUUCAUACUGGAUCAUCCUGGUGUGCUCGUUUGUGCACUUUCUCAACAUUUUGCUAAUACGCCUCGCUGGAUUUGAGUUUCCUUUUUCAAAGUCAAAAGAUGCAGAGACAGCAAAUGGAGCAGUCGAUCUAAUGUACUAGACAUAUUUUGAAUCAUGUUCCAUGCAAAUGGCUCAUCUUGGCUCUGCCCAAAGACAACAAAUGUAUAAGGGUUUAGAGAGCUGCUUAAAAAAAAUAUGCAUAUGCUGUGAGCCAGAGACGUUUAAAGUGAUAUAGCAGCACACACAACAAUGAAUUAAUUAGUAUGUGUUAUUUUCAAUAAGAGUAAUAUUACUCUCAGUAGGUGAUUGCUUUUAGCUAGGAAGUUAGUUGUAGGUUCAGCUGUAGUACCAAACCAUGGUUUGUGCUGAAUGUAGUUUAGACUCAAAACCAUAGUUUGUUUUCCAUACAUAGAGGCAAACCAUGGUUUAUAUGGUAUUUCUUUCCCUCCACCUUUCCAGAGAAUCUCUUGAUACCAGGAGUAUAGCAGGAUUGGCAGUGGUCCAGGGACAGGCUGUCACCCACCCACACUAGCCAUGCCCCCUGUGUCAGUGUCACACACACCAAUGCAGAGGACAUGGCCAGUACUGAAAAGGGGGAACGUGCAGCCUCUUGUCUGCUCCCAGCUGGUACUUUAUUUGCCAGCUGGUGCUUUCUUUCUCUCCCUCUCUUAGAACAAGGAAGAGAAAGAAAGCACCCAACCAGUGAAUGAAACAUCAGCUGGGAGUAGGAGAGGGCCCAUGCCUUGCACUCUCAGCAAGUGCUUCAUUAACUAGCUAGGAAGCAGGAAGAGGGGUGAGGGGGCACAAUAGUGGCCCACAGACCCUGGCAGCCCAGGGACAUUUGUCUCCUCUUGCCCAGUGGUGGCUACACCACUGCUUGAUACGCUCCCAAACAUCAAACUUCAAGAGCAGGCUAAUGUGCCAAACCAUGGUUUGUUAGUCCAUACGUAAGAUCAAACCACUGUUUGACCAAACUAAGAUUUGCAAACAAGAAUCAUACUGUAAAUCUGGGUUCAGCUUUGGUGCUCACAGACCAUAGUUUGUCAUAUUAUGUUCGUUCAGACAUCACAAGAAGUCAUGAUUUGGUGUUGCAUCAAUGUCUUUUUCCAUGGACUGGAGUGCUUGAGGGAUGUAGUGUUAGUGAAUUAGUAUGAGAAAAUAGCUCUCUAAAAAGUUAAUGUUUAAAAAUAGAAAUCAACGUGGAGGCAGCCAUUUUGCAACAAGAAGUUGAUAUGCAGGAACAGUUAUUCUUAGAAAUAAAGGGAAGACUAAGAAGUCAACAUCUACUCCAGAAAACUGGAAUAAGGGUUCCGUCAUGAAAAGGCACUAAUAUGAAAUUUAAGAUUAUUUAUAGAGUUAAUUUAGAUGCUAAUUUCUACCAACACUACCAAAGAUGUUGCUCAGUGCUGUGUGUUUAAUGUUUUGUUUAAAGAACUGGACCCAACAUAGGACCUAGAACCUUUAUUUUAAUGCAAUGUAACAUUAUAUUCUUGUUUUGUAAAGCUUUUAUCUUCUUUCUCACUUUUAUAAGAGUGGUUUUAGAAGCACAGAUCUAAUCUUUCUGAUGUGCAAACUGAUGCUUCAACUGUUCAAUAAAUUCAGUCCCUCCUACCA